AAAUCCCUCAGGUGACGGCACAUGGUCCUUCUUGCGCGCAAAACGAGGAACAGGGACCGGAAAACGGAACUUCCAGGACGCAACUUCCCCGAAAGGCAACUAGCUUCCUCACGUGUCGAGCAUUCCUCACCAAUGAGAGAGCGACUUUGCACGUGAUGAGACUGUUAGCGCAAUGCAUGAUUGGUUCCGCGUCUUCUAGCGCAAUCGGCAGUUGCACGUCAUUGGCUGAUGGUGUCCUGAGUCUUGCCUGGCCCUCUGAUUUCAGGGUAUUUCCCCCUCCCACGCUCCCACCUCCUUCCCCCUUCUCCUCCCCUACCAUCUCCUCCAUCAGAUAUAUGCCUUGAUACCAUCCAGAGCUCUCAGAAAAGUAGGCCAUCUCUCACGGUCCAGUCUACAGCACAUCUUGGGCACGGAAGUCAUCACUAUUCCUUCCAGUUGGGUUGUCCCAGCAUAUUCACCUGAUAUCACUCCCUCGUAUCAGCAAGGCACACUAUGACUACCACAGCUUUCGGAACCCAGACUUCUACCAUGACAUGGACGACCAGAGAGCAUCGUCGCCGGAUUCCGCUGACAUCCUUCACUUUGCUGACCGUCCCUGAAGAGUCCAUGCUCUCAGGCUAUCUCAAGAAGGUUGAGGCCAUCGAUGUCAGCAUGAUGGAAAGGUCUCUCAGAGCAGAUGGCAGGGCCUGGCCGUGCUCUUCUGGCUAUCAAGCCAAAGACUCCCUGCCAUCUCCGCCUUCCAGCCAACCAACCUUUGAUGACUGCAUCACUGACAGCAAAGCCGAUGACUCCCAGCCUGAGCACGAACUUGACAAGUUCAUGGGCGCUCUCACUGCGGCCGAAUCACCUGACGCUGUCAUCAAGACCAUCGCCAGGUCAAAGUCUUCAAAGCUUUGUCCCUCCAAGCCUGCUGCCUAAAUGGAGAUGACAGUCAGCAAAUACGCUGUGGUCUGUGAAUGGAACAAGCAUAUGGACCGGCAUGAGAGACCGUACAAAUGUCACGAAGCCGGAAGCGGACCCAACCCGGGAUUCACUUACUCUGGUGGACCGCUGAGGCAUCAAGGAGAAGUUCACAAGAUGCACUUGGUGAGCGACUUCUGUCCGUUCCCCAACUGCAACGUCGAGAUUUUGGCUUGUAUUAGCAUGCAUGACCAUUCCCAGGAUGACUCAUGACCAAGUGAUGGCAUUGUCUCCUAUUCUACCUCAUAAACAUCUGUUAUGGACAUGUGGGAAGUGUGGUGGUAGUCAAGGCUGCAUGUCACGUGCAUGGAGUCCAGUCCUUCCCAUAGUGGCGGUAGUCGUCCAAAGUGCCCAAGGCUGAAUGUUGUUAUAUCGUCCAACAUCACAACAUUUAGACUUGGCAGACCGAGUGAGCCACGUGGACUCACUCGUUACCUUAUCUUGUGCUCCGUAGUCGCGCUCUUGGGGUGUCAAUUAUUCAAGACCUGCCC